GGCCCAAGCACAGACUUUUGCAUAAUGGCUUCUGCACGCGGCAGAAAUUGACGGUGAUAGCCAAUCACUUUCCUUUCUUAUGAAAAUUGAAAAGUGAUGUAUACUUCUAUUUUUUUUUUUUUAUUAGAUCUGUUAUAUCCAAAUAUGCAAUAUGUUAUUGGCAUUUUUCUAAAAUCAACAAUACUGUCUUUAUUUAUUAAAAUAUACUCUUUAUUUAUUAAGAUAUACAUUAAGAUGUACUCUUCUUAUUUUAUACUUAUAUAACAUUACAUAUUAUCUUUUGCAAUGUUAUAUAGCAUUUUAGUUCACAGUUUACACGGCAGACUCGCAUCGUAUUUUUACCAUAAAUUUAUGAGGUGUUUGAUCUUUUAUAUUAUAUAUAAAGGAUCUAAUAUUUGAUUGACCACGUGGAUCGGCAACGUAGACCAAGCGUCAUUCUCUUGAAACGAGAUGAAAAUUACAAAAGUGAAGAAAUUUAUUAACCUUUGACAUAUGAAGUUGCAGAUACUCUAAUGCGGAGUCUACAAUGUUACGACAUGACCGACCAAUCAGAGAAGAGAAUAUAUAGUUUUUUCUUCUCCGAUUGGUCUGUCGUAAUGACAUUACGAUCGCAUUGUAGAUUCCGCAUAAUGAAUUUUCUCACUUUUAUUUCCUCACUUUUUCAUUUCGUUUCAAAAUACACAGUCGAGAAAUUACACACCAUAUAAUAAUAAGAAGUAGAGAGGUGUGAUGCCAUUAAGGGCCAGUCUCAUCAACUCCAGUUAACGCUAUCGGCUAGUUAAUUUGGCCAGCAGAAUUGCCAAUAGCAGAAAAUCCAAAAUCGAUCUUGGUAAUCGUAAUCUAUUCAUGACAAAGAGAAAGAAUAUAGAGUGUGGAUUAAAGUAAUAAAGUAAGUAUUAUAUAAAUAUAUACUUUGAAAUACAAAUGUUUACAACAAGAAAUUAGGUUAGAAAUGACGAAGUUUUUAUUUUUGCAGUUGGCAGUUCUCAAAUUUAACCCGCUGUUUAACUUAACUAGGGUUGAUGAGACCGGCCCUAAGAGAGAAUAAGAAUAAGAAUUAAUGAAAAAAAGAGAAAUAAAUCUUAAAGUUAAACAAAUUAUGACACUAUAUCCUUCGAAGAUAUCCGAAAAAUUCAAUAAAUAAACUGUUUGAAAAAGUGCACAAUUGAGGAAAAAAAAAUUUGUUUUGUUUUAAAAAAAAAUUGUAAAUAAUGAUAAUAAAAUAGCACGUUUUUUGUUAGGGAUAUCAAUUGUGGAUAUUAAUUGUGAAACGAAGAAAUGGAUACAGAUAUUAUUUAUCUUAUUUUUUCAUAUUCGAAUAAAGUUUUUAUAUGGAAUGCUGAUGACUGGCUGAAACUUCGACAAGAUCAUCGAAUAAUUGGUGAAUUAAUAGGUUCGAUGUCAAAGUCAAUUGGACGAGGCAUACGAGGUCUCCCAUUGCUUUUGCUGCCAGAGGAAGUCACUCUAUUGCUUGAAAAGAAAAUCGCUUGCCUUGUAGAAUGUACAGCUCUGAAUAUUUCACCAGAUGAAUCACUACGUCAAAGAUUUCAGGAGUACAGAGAGAAAUUAUUUCAGGAGCAAGCAGAUUCCUUCAAAGAUAACAGAAAGAAACAAAUUAUUUCCAUAAUGGAUAAGAUUGUUGAAGGAAAGAAACGUAAAAUAUUAGGCUUACCCACAUGUAAAAAGAAAAUGAAGAAACCAUUAGAUAAAAACAUACAGGAAGCCUUAGAUAAUAUAGAAAUCAAUACUGAAAAAUUGCUUGAAGAAGAAUUAGCUAAAGUACCUGAAUUGACUAGAAAUGACAUGCUUAUUCAAGUACAUACAGCAUAUCCCUGGUCCAACAAAGAUAACAUAAAAUCAGUGGAAUGGAAAUAUCCACUUACUCCCGAACAACGAUUGAAAUACAAAGUGUUCAAGGAUCUUUGGGAGAGACAAUAUUAUAUCACAAGUGGAGAAAAUUAUGGCACUGAUUUUGUGGUAUAUCCAGGUGAUCCAAUGAUGUUUCAUUCGCAAUUUAUGAUACAAUGUGUAUGCAGAGAUGAAGAAAUACCUAUUUUAGACAUUGUAGCUAAGUGCAGAUUAAGUUGUCAUGUUCGAAAGACGCUGGUAUUUGCUACAUAUCACGAGGAAGAUGAUACAGUAAAAUAUCAGUCUUUUCAAUGGGCAGAUUGGAAUGCAUCAAAAAAUAGCUGACGUAAUAAGGAACUGUUCUAUAUAUAAAAAGUAUGUUAUGAUCCUCUUUCUUUCUAGACAUUUUUAUUUUUUAUAAACAUCUUCAUAUUUAAUAUGUAUCUAGUAAUAGUUUAUGUUGCAGAUUGCAAAAUUAAUUAUAUUUCAAUUUGGAAUCUUUUA